AUGGCUGCCGCAUCUUCCUUCCUGUGGCCACCUGUGCGGCGGCAACAGUUACCCCAGAGACUUCGUCCUUUUUUACAUAAAGUUACGUUUUUUACAGGCUGUGUCGUUUCACUAAUUUUCCAGGUCGGAGUUGCAGCUCCUUUCCAGCAGACAGAGACACGAGCAUCUCUCAGGAACCUAGGUUUCCCUCCCGCGUCCAGUGCCAUGCUGUUGGGUGAUUCACCGCACGACACUCCAGGACACGAGGAAGACAAACUUGGUGCACACAGACGUACUUCCGAUUCACUUGACGGCAGGGUGCUGGAGCCAGUACAUGCAGAUUCGAAGGAAGAAGAACUUGAUGACGACGAGGAUGAAUCGGUUUCUGUGCCUGUUGACAAACGCCUGGCGAAGCACUAUCGCCUUCCCCUGGACGCAGUUGACACUCGUCGUUACCCGCAUACAAAGAAAGCCGGUAAUAGAGUAAAGAUUCUAUUUUCCGAUAUGAUCCCUGGGGGUUUAGCAGUGGCCGUUUUGGCCUUAAUUCUGUGGCAGCGGCAUAUGACGCCACCACAACUGCCAGACUUCGUGCCAGCAUUGAGGCCAGGUCAGCAGCUGGCACCUCCGUAUGAGCCGUGGACAAGCGUGGCAACCAAUCCUAACUGA